UCCGACAGGCUAAUUUCGGGUCAAGUCCUUCCUGCGCAUGAAGUCUGUUGGGUCAGCAGUGCUGUGGUUCCUUAAGCCCUUUCUAAACGUUUGACACUAAUAAUCGAUUGAAAUAUACGACGGGAACCGUAUAACGAUAACAUUAUUGUAAGGUUUGUUGCACGUGGAUUUUAUUUAACGUCUGCAGAACACGGGGGUAACAGCAGAGAAUGACGAACGGUUCAAAGAGGAAAGAAGAAGUUCAUCUCGCCAAUGGGGGUGUAAAGCAGUCCACAUGGAGCAAAGUCUUAAACAGUACCGCUGUAUGGGAAGAUAAGGAUGAGUUUUUAGAUGUGAUCUACUGGAUUCGACAGAUCAUCGCGCUCAUCCUUGGAGUGAUAUGGGGCGUUGCACCACUAAAAGGCUUCCUAGGAAUAGCCAUAUUCUGUGUCAUCAACGCGGGGGUCCUGUAUGUGUACUUCAGCAGCUUUCAGCAGGUGGACGAGGAGGAAUAUGGAGGAACGUGGGAACUCACCAAAGAAGGCUUCAUGACAUCCUUUGCAUUAUUCCUGGUGGUGUGGAUAAUAUUUUACACAGCACUUCAUCAUGACUGAAGACCUGAGGGGAAUCCAAUCCAUUGGAGACAAAUAUGAACAUUUCAGUUGAAGUUAAAAUGUCAAGACAUGAAGUGUUUAGAAAUCGUGUUUUUAAGACAACUCGGAACCUCUGAGUUAAAAUGUACAUACGUUUUUUUUGCGUAGAGCUUCCUAUUGGUUGAUUCUGAUAUUUUCCAAGUGGGAAACUCUGAGCUCAUUUUUCUGCAAUGAGUUUCCAAGUUGUUUUGAAAGCGGCAAAACUCCACGAUUUCAGGUGUGUCAUCAUCCACACCUAGGACCCGUCUGUAUGCAGUGCAUCGUGGGAACCAUAGUUUGAUAUGAAUGACCUUGUAAGACCAUCAGGUUACCGUUAAGUUAUGGCUCUGUUCGAAUACUUUUAUUGGUGCAUCUCAAUAGUUUAACAUAGCUUGCUCUCUUCAUCUCCUUUCCUUUAUCUGAACUGACCUGUAAACACAGCACUGGUGAGGGAAUGUGGAGGAUGCCAUUCUGACAUUUCCUCUCACCUGUCCAGUUAUUUCAUAUCAAUGCAGAUAAAGUAAAGGAGACAGGGAAAAUAUUUUUUUUUUUAUACUAUUGAGAUGCAACCUUUCAAUCCAUCUUUAUUUCUCCCCUUAACUUUCUAGAGUUGAUCACUGAUAUGACAGAAAUGGGUUGGUGAAAGCAAGUGCUCAGCCAGAUCGUUUCAGCCUACCCAUCCCAUAGAGAAUGAUAGAGGCCUCUAGUGGCCAAACGGCUGUAUUUGCAUGAGCAUCGCCAUGGACUUUCACCAUUUUAACGUAGUCAAUUGGGUGGGACUUUUAACUUCAUUGGCUGAUCCCUCUUGGUGACUCUGGAGUCAUGUCCAACCGGGUCAUCAGAAGGGAUCAGCCAAUUGUAAAGAAGAAAUGACUACUUAAAAAUGGAGAUGGCCUCAAUGGCGCUGCCCAUGCUGUCACAGACACAAAAUGAGUCCUCUGUCUAUCUCUAUGACCCACCCAGCCUAGAUCAGUGUAAUCUUCAUGGAGAGAUGGAAGGAAACCUGCAUCUCUGAAGUGUUGGAACUGUCCAACCUUUAAGCUGAAACUGUUCUACAGACAUAAUGUGUUAUUGUUUUUCUUUUUCCUUUCACUCAGUAAUGGCAGUAAUUGUAUCUAGCAGUCAGAAUUGGUUUUAAUUAAACUUUUUUUGUGUUUUUUUCCCUCACACAUAGCUUCCCAGAUCAAAUAGUCUUACCUAAUGUUCUGAGAUUAUUAAUUUAAAACGUCUGUAAAAAUGUUCCCUUUUCUCAAAAUCCGCAUUGUAUUAAACUGAUUUAUUUGUAUUACUUUGUUAUAUCUUGAUGUAACAUAUGUUUCAGUAUUUUAUAGUUAAUUAAUUUUUUGUGCAAGAUGGCUGUAAUGACACUACUGUACCAGGUACAUGGUUGGUUUCUGAGAGUAUUGUAUUUUCUGAUUUGGGAAUAACAUUAAACAUGGGCUUUGUUUAUCAUCCAAUUUCAAAGA